AUCAGUUGCUAUCGUCGAUACAAGCUGGCCGCAGCGGAUAAUUUUUCAACAUCAGUGGCGACUUAAAUUAUCAGUGAGCAUUUUCUUUAUACAUUUCCUUUGAUUCCCUCUCUUUCUAUUCUAUUUGUUUAUCUAUUCGAAUAAUACCUUUUCAAAAAUAAUAUAAGAUAGUUUUUAAUCGCAAAAUAAACUAAAUUAUUUUUCUUUAUUCUUAUUUUGCUUCCCUUCUAUCCAACGUAUCUUACCUGUCUCUCUUUUUCUUUAUAUCUAUCUCUCUUUCUAUUCUACGGAUGAGGAUAGAUAUUAAGGAUUAAGUUAAUUAUAUUUGGUUUUUUUUUUUUAAAAAAAACAAAUUUUUCAUUUUUUUUAAUCGAGAGACAUUUAAGGGAAGAAACGAUUGAAAGAAUGAAAAAGCGUGUCAUAUACGAAAAUAAACCAAUUACUAUUAGAACGAAAUGAAAAUUUUAAUUUCGUAUAUAUUUUUUCUUCUAUCAAAGAUAUAAACAAUUAUUAAACAUUAAUAUCGAUUAUUGGCUAACGAGUUAAAACUAGUUUGACAAUUGAUAAGUCUAAUCUGAAAUUUUUAUCAAUUAAAGAAAUAAGCUUAUUAAUUUUGUGUAUGCCUCCUGAUCUAGAUAAAAGAAAAGAUAUUUCAUACUUUUACUAAAUUUGAGCAUUUUAGACGGAGAUAUGGCGGAUGAUUUUGCUCCGUACUCGUUCAUUAAUAAUGCGUACGAACUCGAUCCUCAAGAUAUUGUGAUUAAUGAAAAAGAAGAUAAAAUUGAAGAAAAAAAGGAUUGGACUGAAAAAAAUGGUCUAAAAGCACCUCCUCAUAUAUUCCCACCGAAAUCUCCUCACCCUGCGCCAACAGAGGAACAACUGAAGGCUGAAUGUGCAAAGUCUAAUGUAGAGAAAUAUACAGGGAAGGGUGGAGCUGUACCGAUGAGUGAAGUGUUUCGAUACGCUGACUCUAGAGAUAUAUUUUUCAUGAUUCUUGGAGGAGUUGCAGCUGCCAUUCACGGUGCUCUUUACGUUUUGGUUACGGUACUUUUGGGUCUACAGAUGGAUACGUUUAUUAACUAUGAUAGAAGCGAAUGGUAUUUGAAUGCAUAUAAUGACUCUAUAACUAGUGAAAGUAGAAAGCUUGGCGUAAAUUUAACAAAGGCGAUGAUUUAUCAAAAUAGAUCACUUAUAAACCUUCUUGGUCAAAAUAGUUCUUUACCAUAUUUAAACUCUUGUUUAGUAAAUGAUAUUGAUAAUAAUGGAGUUUUAAAAGAAAUGAGAGGCUAUACGUGGUGGUACUUAGGAUUUGCAGGACUUGUCCUCAUUUGCGCGUUUCUUCAAAUUACACUUUGGGUUGUUUCCGCCGAACGUCAAGUUAGAAGAAUAAGGACACUAUUUCUAAAAGCUGUUCUUCGACAAGAAGUUGGUUGGUACGAUCAACUUGGUGUUGGUGAAUUGAAUACGAGAAUGUCUGAUGAUAUGUACAAGAUUAUUGAUGGUAUUGGUGAUAAAUUUGCAACUUUUAUACAAAUGUUUAGCUGCUUUAUCGUUUCAUUUGUCACUGGUUUUGUUACUGGCUGGAAAUUAUCCUUGGUUAUGUUGGCGAUUGUACCUGCUCUGAUUGGCGCUGCUUUAGUUGCUUCAAAAUUGAACGCUUCACUUACGGCGAAAGAGUUAAAAGCUUACGCUAAAGCUGGAAAGGUUGCGGAAGAGGUUCUUGGUUCGAUCAGAACGGUUGCUGCUUUCGGUGGUGAAAAAAAAGAGAGCAUCAGGUACACAAAUAAUCUAUAUGACGCAAGAAAGAAAGGUAUUCGAAAGGGCUUUAUCCUUGGAAUUGGUAUGGGUAUAGCUUGGUUGAUUUUGUACUCGUCAUAUGCCCUAGGAUUUUGGUUUGGUUCCAGGCUAGUUGUAAAUGAAGGUCCAAAGUGUCCGCAAAAUGGUACCGUUAAUAUUAAUUCUACUCAUCCUUCAUUAUACGAGCCAAUCAAAGGAAAUUACACUGCUGGAAGAUUGCUAAUCGUUUUCUUCAGUAUCGUUACCGGUGCUAUUGCUAUUGGUCAAGCUGGACCAAACAUUCAAGCUAUAUCUACCGCUAGAGGAGCUUGUCAUCUUAUCUUUAGCAUUAUCGAUAGGACACCAAAAAUUGAUAGCGCCUCAACAGAAGGAAAGAAGCCAUCCAGCUUAACUGGUAAUAUUUCCUUCAAAAAUGUCUGGUUCAGAUAUCCAACUAGACCAGACGUUCCUGUUCUUCAAGGAAUGACCCUCGAUGUUAAAGUUGGUCAAACAGUAGCCCUUGUAGGAUCAUCAGGCUGCGGAAAGAGUACAAGCGUUCAGUUAAUACAGCGUUUCUACGAUCCUCUCUUUGGGUCUAUUGAAAUUGAUGGCAACGAUAUAAAAGAACUGAAUCUUAAGUGGUUGAGAGAACAAAUUGGUAUUGUUUCCCAGGAACCGAUUUUGUUCGGUACAACUAUUAAAGAAAACAUCCGAUAUGGUAGAGAGGGCGUAAGUGAUAGUGAUAUUGAAAAAGCUGCCAAAAACGCCAAUGCAUUCAACUUUAUUGAUAAACUGCCAGAGAAAUUUGAUACGUUAGUAGGUGAACGAGGAACCCAACUUAGUGGUGGUCAGAAGCAACGUAUUGCCAUCGCCAGAGCUCUCGUUAGAAAUCCUAAAAUUCUUUUGUUGGACGAGGCUACUUCGGCUUUAGAUACGGAAUCAGAAGCUACUGUUCAAAAUGCCUUAGAUAAAGCUCGCCAAGGAAGAACUACUUUGGUUAUCGCCCACAGAUUGUCUACUGUUAGAAAUGCAGAUAUUAUUUGCGGUUUUAGGCAAGGCGUUCUUGUCGAAAUGGGUUGUCACGAAGAUUUAAUGCUUAACGAAGGUGGAGUAUACUAUCAAUUGGUCACUAUGCAAUCUAGACAAGCUGCUUUGGAUGCCGAAGCGGCUAAGAGCACUGACAAUGCUAUCGAAGCCGACAUUGUUCCACCCGAUCCAGAUGCAAUACCAGAAGUUGAAAAAUUAGUAAAGGCUGAUGAUCCGGAAGAGGAGAAUUUUGCAGAAAAACUCUCUGGCUCUUUAAGAGGAUCUCUAAGAGCUUUAAAACGUGUUGGAGCCGGAUUUGGAUUUAGUGGACCCUCAAUUGGUAGACUUCAUCAUAACGAGGAACAAGAUGAAAUCAACAUGGCCAAGAAACUAGCGUUUGAAGAAGAAGUUACAAAACCCGCCCCAGUUAGUAAGAUCGUUGCCAUGAAUAAAAAAGAAUGGGUUUAUAUAUUAUUUGGUUGUCUGGCUUGUAUUAUAAAUGGAUCAGAAAAUCCUGUUUUUGCUGUCGUCUUUACAACCCUUUUGGCUGCUUUCAUCGAAAUAGAACCAGACCUACAAAAAAGUCAAUCAGAGAGAUAUUCACUAGCUUUCGUUGGAAUGGGCGGUGCCUUAAUUAUCUCACAAUUUCUCAUGAAUUAUAUGUUUGCCAACUCUGGAGAAAGACUAACAAUGCGUUUAAGAAAAUUAACUUUUAAGUCUAUGUUACGCCAGAAUAUCGCUUGGUUUGACGAUCACAAGAAUAACGUUGGUGCUCUGUGCACAAGAUUAGCCAGAGAUGCCUCAAGCGUCCAGGGAGCAACUGGAUCUAGAGUCGGGCUUAUUUUACAGAACUUCUCAAACAUUGGAAUUGGUAUUAUUUUGGCUUUUGUCCUAAACUGGAGAUUGACAUUGGUUAUGUGCGCCUUUUUACCGCUUAUUGUCAUUACUGGAGUAUUAGAGACAAGAGUUUUAACAGGUGUAGCUGCAAACGAUAAAAAAGAAUUGGAAAAGGCUGGUAAAGUCGCUUUGGAAGCUGUAGAAAAUAUAAGAACAGUGGCUUCGUUAACCAAAGAAAACAAAUUCUAUUCUAUGUACAAUGACAUGUUACAAAUCCCUUACAAAAAUUCAUUGAAGAAGGCCUGGGUAUUCGGAUUAUCCUUUGCCAUUUCUCAAUCAAUUGUAUAUAUUAUCUUUGGUGUUGCCUUCCUUUUUGGUGCUUUCCUUAUUCAGAGAGGUCACGCUGAUUUUAAUAGGGUUUUUGCUGUUGUAUCUGUUGUUAUUUUCGGUGCUAUGGGUAUUGGGCAAGCUAUUGCAUUUGCUCCUGAUUAUACGAAAGCGCGUGUUGCUGCUGCUAGACUAUUCCAUCUCUUUGAUCGGGUACCACCAAUAGAUAUCUAUUCUCCAAAGGGAAAGAUAUUGCCAAAUUUCGAUGGUAGAGUCAGAUUUGAAGAAGUUCGCUUUAGAUAUCCAACAAGACCAGAGAUUCCAAUUUUGCAAGGCUUGAAUUUGAAGGUCAUUCCUGGUCAAACGUUAGCGUUGGUCGGAUCGUCUGGUUGCGGUAAAAGUACAACUGUAUCCUUAAUUGAAAGAUUUUACGAUUCUCUCACGGGAACUUGCCUAGUUGACGGUGUAAAUAUAAAAGAUUUGAAUCUGGAUUGGUUUAGACGGCAAUGCGGAAUUGUGUCCCAAGAGCCAAUAUUAUUUGACGCCUCCAUUGCAGAAAACAUAGCCUACGGAGAUAAUAGUCGUAAAGUAACAAUUGACGAAGUAAUCACAGCAGCCAAGAAUUCAAACAUCCACAGCUUUAUCAGUUCCUUACCAAACGGUUACGAUACGAACGUAGGUGAUAGAGGAACGCAACUGAGUGGAGGUCAAAAGCAACGGGUUGCCAUAGCCAGAGCUUUAGUAAGAAAACCAAAAAUUUUGUUAUUGGAUGAAGCAACAUCCGCCUUAGAUACAGAAUCCGAAAAGAUCGUUCAAGAGGCUCUUGAUCAAGCUCGAGCAGGUAGAACCUGCAUCGUUAUCGCUCAUAGGCUUUCAACUAUUCAAGAUGCAGAUGCCAUUGCCGUUUUCCACAAAGGUCGUGUAUGCGAAUUAGGCAAACACAGCGAAUUAUUGGAAAAGAAAGGAAUCUACUGGAAUUUACAACAAGUGCAAGCUGGUGCUGGCAAAAAUUAA